UCCGGUCUCUUGGAUUUUAUUUCCUUUUUUUUCCUUAAUCUGUUAUUCGUUGAUUAUUGUAUAAUUCGUUUGAUCAGCGAAUGAAGGAUCGCUCUAAAAAUUUCGUCUAAAAGGGAAAGAGAAGGAGAAGUACGAGAUGUCAGGGGAGAAAGGGAGGGGAGAGAGAAAAAGCGGGGCAAUAGAAGCAGAGGUUGUCGUCGGAGAGAAGAGAGAGAGAACUGCUGCGGAGGGAGAGAAUUGCAGAGAGAAGAGAGGAAAACCGCGGAAGAGGCUUCAUUCACAAGGUGAUUUGAGGUUCAAAAUACAUUUUCUCAUUCCAAUCAGAGUCGGGUCCUGUGGAUUAAGAGGUUCUCCCUUUACCUCAGUGUAAGUGAAUUCUUUUUAGAAUUAAAAAUCUUAACAUCUAAUGGAGUCCAUGGCCCCGGCUCCCCAUUUACUUGGACCAAUCAAAGUAUAGCGACCAUGGUUUCGAGUCUCAAUAUUGGAUCCAUCCGAUGGAUAUUGAUAUCAAUGCCGGUGGUCAAAUGGUCAGUAGAAGUAGGUAGGUAUAAGAGAAGUAAAGCAGGAAGAGAUAAGCAGGUGAAGUGGAACAGAGGAAUGGAAGCUCUUCUCACCACCACAACCCUCUCUCUUCUCUCCUCUUAGGCAAAUCCAACGACAGUACUGCCACCAUACUCUGCUCUCAAAUCAACUUUCUCUUUCUACUCCACAUUCGUAGAAUGCAUCAGCAGAAGGAUUAAUGCAUCGGCAUCUCCUUCUCUUCCUAUCGGACUCAAAGUCUCUGCUAAUUCCCAAGCUGCUCCUGCUUCCAUGAAGACAUCUGCAAGUUCUCCCAUACCGUCAGAAAUGAAGGCUUGGCUCUAUGGGGAGUAUGGGAGCUUCAACGUUCUUAAAUUUGAUUCCAAAGUUACGAUGCCUGAUGUGGAGGACCAAGCACUGCUUAAGGUUGUUGCUGCGGCACUUAACCCUGUUGAUGGCAAGAGGAUGGGCAAGUUCAAGGCUACUGACUCUCCUUUGCCUGGAUUUGUUGGUGUUCCUUACAAAAGAAGUGGGUGUAUGUAUCCAUAUAUAUACCUGAAAAAUGAGCAUGCCUUUUUAUAUUUUCUUAGUUCUUCUUCUUCCUUUCCUAGUUCAUUAGUGCCUUUAUUAGCUAAAAUAGUAUUUAUAAUGACUUAUUUAUCUUUGUAGUGGUCUUUAAAUUAAUGUUAAAAAUUAGAGAUAACCAACA